UCUCCGGCGGUGUCGCCGAUAGCCGCAGCCAUGUCUUACCCCUCUGAUGAUUACGAAUCCGAGGCUGUUUAUGAUCCCUAUGCUUAUCCAUCCGGCGACUAUGAUAUGCACACAGGAGAUCCAAAGCAGGACCUGGCUUACGAGCGGCAGUACGAGCAGCAGACGUAUCAGGUGAUCCCCGAAGUCAUCAAGAACUUCAUCCAGUAUUUCCAUAAAACGGUCUCAGAUUUGAUCGACCAGAAGGUGUAUGAGCUGCAGGCCAGUCGUGUCUCCAGCGAUGUCAUUGACCAGAAGGUGUAUGAGAUCCAGGACAUCUAUGAGAACAGCUGGACCAAGCUGACAGAGAGAUUCUUCAAGAAUACGCCUUGGCCCGAAGCUGAAACCAUUGCUCCACAGGUUGGCAACGAUGCCGUCUUCCUGAUUUUGUACAAAGAAUUAUAUUACAGACACAUCUACGCCAAAGUCAGCGGGGGACCCUCAUUGGAGCAGAGGUUUGAGUCCUAUUAUAACUACUGCAAUCUCUUCAACUACAUUCUUAAUGCUGAUGGUCCCGCCCCUCUGGAACUACCCAACCAGUGGCUCUGGGAUAUCAUUGAUGAGUUCAUCUACCAGUUUCAGUCCUUUAGUCAGUACCGCUGUAAGACUGCGAAGAAGUCAGAAGAGGAGAUUGACUUCCUCCGAUCCAAUCCCAAAAUCUGGAAUGUUCACAGUGUCCUUAACGUCCUUCAUUCCCUGGUAGACAAAUCCAACAUCAACCGUCAGCUGGAGGUGUACACAAGUGGAGGUGACCCCGAGAGUGUGGCUGGGGAGUACGGACGGCACUCCCUCUACAAGAUGCUUGGCUACUUCAGCCUGGUGGGGCUUCUGCGCCUGCACUCCCUGCUGGGGGAUUACUACCAGGCCAUCAAGGUGCUGGAGAACAUCGAGCUCAACAAGAAGAGCAUGUAUUCCCGGGUUCCCGAGUGCCAGGUCACCACGUACUAUUACGUCGGCUUUGCCUAUCUGAUGAUGCGCCGCUACCAGGACGCCAUCCGGGUCUUUGCCAACAUCCUCCUCUACAUCCAGAGGACCAAGAGCAUGUUCCAGCGGACCACGUAUAAGUACGAGAUGAUCAACAAGCAGAACGAGCAGAUGCACGCGCUGCUGGCCAUCGCCCUCACCAUGUACCCCAUGCGCAUCGACGAGAGCGUCCACCUCCAGCUGCGGGAGAAGUACGGCGACAAGAUGCUGCGUAUGCAGAAGGGUGACCCGCAGGUCUACGAGGAGCUCUUCAGCUACUCGUGCCCCAAGUUCCUGUCGCCCGUGGUGCCCAACUACGACAACGUGCACCCCAACUACCACAAGGAGCCGUUCCUGCAGCAGCUGAAGGUCUUCUCGGACGAAGUCCAGCAGCAGGCCCAGCUCUCCACCAUCCGCAGCUUCCUCAAGCUCUACACCACCAUGCCCGUGGCCAAGCUGGCCGGCUUCCUGGACCUCACAGAGCAGGAGUUCCGGAUCCAGCUGCUGGUCUUCAAGCACAAGAUGAAGAACCUGGUGUGGACCAGUGGCAUCUCCGCCCUGGACGGGGAAUUUCAGUCCGCCUCGGAGGUUGACUUCUACAUCGAUAAGGACAUGAUCCACAUCGCAGACACCAAGGUUGCCAGGCGGUACGGGGAUUUCUUCAUCCGUCAGAUCCAUAAAUUUGAGGAGCUCAAUCGAACCCUGAAGAAGAUGGGCCAGCGGCCGUGA